CAGGCCGCGUUACCAUGAGCUUGCCCCUGAACCGCAAGCCCUUCCUGAAUGGGCUGAAGGGGAAGCCGGUGACGGAGAAGCUGAAGUGGGGGAUGGAGUACAAGGGCUACCUGGUGUCUGUCGAUGGCUACAUGAACAUGCAGCUUGCAAACACAGAAGAAUACAUAGGUGGUGCCUUGUCAGGACACCUUGGUGAAGUUUUGAUAAGAUGUAACAACGUCCUGUGCAUCAGAGGAGUGGAAGAAGAAGAUGGAGAAAUGAGAGAAUAA